CUGAAGUGACCAAAACAGAGUUAUUUCAUUGAUCGGAUCAUUCAAUAGCUUUCAGAGCGAAACAAAACCAUCAUUUAGAUUAUCCGGUUCGUUAGCUGUUGCUUUUGCUAGGUUUUGCUUAUGGAACAACGGUGCGUUUGUGCUUUCUUCUUCGGGCUCCCAAAGACACUACUACAUCUCGAUUACCCUCCAAUUCCUUCGAUCGUGAACGAACCAUGUCCGCGUGAUUCACAUUACUCUUCCCCGUGCAGCAGCGACUGAACUAUGGAGGUCCACUCGAUUUUCCGUAGCAAUCGCGCGCAACGUCAAAAAAACAACGCUUCAAUCUUCUGCCCCUACCUCCUCCGCUUGCCUUUAGGUACUUGAAUGACUACCGUUGUUACCGGAGAUUGGUCUGUUGCUACGUUCCACACCAACUGUUUGUCGAAAUUCCUGAGUAGCUUCAUUCUCGGAAACCCCACUUUGUGUUGCUCUUUAUGGGUCCCGGUUUUCACUGACGGACCUUUGUUUCGAUCUCUUUGAAGCAUUGUCCUGUGAUAUCUUUUUUUCCUUUAUUUUUGGGUCUUUACGUCUUUAGAGCGUCCUGCAGGAGAACAACUAUGGCGGGCAAUGAUAUCUCCAUGGAAAGUAGCGAGCUGAAACGUCAAAAGAUGGACAGAUGACAGACGUGAUGUGAUUAGUAAUCUGCCAGACUCGGUGCUCCUCCAUAUCCUGUCCUUCCUGCCCACGAGGGACGCCGUAAGGACAGUGAUGGUCCCGAGAUUCCGUUACCUCUGGACUUCUACCCGCCACUUAUCUUUCGAUCACUGUGCUUACCACAACUGCAAGGAGGAGGCCGCUGCUUUUAGAGUCGAUGAGAGAUUCGUGAAUUUUACCGACCAUGUGCUGACUCUGCACGAGAACCCCACAAUCGAUUCGUUCUGCCUUUAUUUGAACUAUGCGGCUGAGGCGUACCCCGAUUAUCCUCAAUAUGAGGGUGGUGUAACUGAAGAGACAAGACGGUCGAACAAAAUCGGUACGUGGAUUUGUUUUUCGGCGAGGAGAAAGGUUAAGUUCCUCGAUUUGGACUUCUUGGCGCGUGCUAGGGAGUUCUUACAUAAUCUUGACUUCCCACGUAAUCUUUACGUGCUGCCCAGCAUUGUUCUGAGGUGUAGCUGCUUAGUGGAGCUGAAGCUGGCUUCCUGUGAGGUUAGACUGGUGGGACGGGUCCAACAAAGGUCGCUUAGAAAAUUGUUCGUGAAGCAAAUUUACUUAACUGACAACAAAUUGGCUGACAUACUAUCUGGUUGCCCGUUGCUGAAGGAAUUGUCUCUUGAAGAUUGUCAUGGCCUCCGCAAGCCCAAAUUCUGUAGUGCCCCUUCUAUUGAAGUUUUAAAUUUGGAGAAAUGCAACAAUUUGAAAAAGCCUGAUCUUGCGCAAUCAGAUAAAAAACAUUUAACCAUUGAUAACAGUGGGCAUCUGGAGCUAGUUCAUCUGGAGCUAGUUUGUCCUAAUGUGAUGAUUCUGGAUAUUGCUGGGCGUAUAGAGGGUGUCAAGGCGACCAAUAUGUCAUCACUGGUUGAUACGUCCCUCUACUUCAGUCAUUAUUUUCGAUUUUCGUAGGGAGAAUAUCGCGAGUUCAGACUGCUUCUGGAAAAGCUCAGCUGCAGUCCUUAUUUUAUGCCAUGCUAUUGGUGCA